AUACAAGGAGGUUUGUCCGACUUUACUUUCUCACUUUCAGUGAGUCAGUUGUUCAUUUGAUCCCUUCGAUCCAUGUUCCUCCUUUGACUCUAAUGAAAUGAAUGACUCAUUCCUUAAUGUUGAAUGCCUUUUUCUGAAUUUGUCAUUGUCUCGAUUUGGAUUAGUCUAUCUCCCUUUGCCCAACGGCGCGAUGAAGGGUUGCAGAGUCCAAAAUAUACUUUUUUUUUUUGCUUCGCAGUUGAUAUAACACAUCUUUCUUCUCUCACUCUCUCACGCUUCUAAUUAUCAUUACAGACUAAAAACAUGUCUGUUGCCAAGAACGCUUUCCUUAGCACGUUCAGCCAUCUUACAAAAGCUGUUUCCAAUGGCACACCUCUUCUCCGUGUGACAAAGCCGAUCGUUUCCGCACCCAUGAACGCUUGGUCAGGACCCACACUUGUUGCUGCUGUUGCCAAUCACGGAGGGUUCCCCAUCUAUCCAAUCGGUUACUUUACAGAUCCUCCCAAGAUCCUCAAGGAGCUUCAGUCCAUUCUUCCACUUCUCAAGGACCUUGAGGCUCCAGGCAGCAAUCAAGCAGCAGGAGCAGCAGGAGCAAGGGCAGGGGAAGUAACAGGAGCAGAGGCAGGUCCUGAACCAGAUCAAUUUUUACCAUAUGGAGUUGGGUUCAUCACUUUUUGGCUGGACCGUCAAGGACCUGAGUUGCUAUUAGAUAUCCUCAAGGGUCGAGGUGAUGAUCCUAACCGUCAAUCUCCACCUCGUCCACCUGCAGCAGUUUGGUUCUCAUUUGGGAACUAUAAGCCAUACCUCAAGCUGAUUCGCGAACAUGGAGUGACUGGAACCAAAGUGAUUGUACAAGUACAAACAAUUCAAGAAGCUCUGGAAGCUCAACAAGAACUUGUCGAUGUGAUUGUCUUGCAGGGAACGGAGUCUGGAGGUCAUGGUGCUCAGCGUGUAUGGCCUUUGAUGACUUUGAUCCCUGAAGCUAUCCAGGCUCUUGAGGCCAAGGUUGGUUCAGUCAAUGCUUCAGGAUCAAAACUUACCAUGCCUGCCAUCUUGGCUGCAGGUGGAAUCUCAGUUGCAUCUCAAUUUACAGCCAUUCAGACAAUGGGAGCAUCUGGCGCAGUCAUUGGAACCGGGUUCAUGCCCACAUACGAAUCGCCAGGCCCUCAGCAUGCAAAGGAACGCCUCUUGAAGGUCGAGGAUGGUGGUGCAGGCACCGUCCGCACCCGCAUCUUUGACGAGUUGCGCGAGUUCAAUUGGCCUGAGGGUUAUGACGGGCGAGUUGUGAGAAAUUUAGUGACGGAGCGUGAAGAGGAGGAUUUGAAAAACCAUGGAUUGUACGAACAGACAGGUCCAGCAGUGUUCAAAUUGCUCAAAGAAGAUCGCACCGGUACCAAGGAGGAUUGGAUAAGGGCCACCAAAGAUCAGGAUUUCGAUCUGUUGCCACUCUGGGCUGGCACAGGUGUAGGCAUGCUGAAGAAACAAGUCUCUGCUGCCGAGUUUAUGGAUCAAUUGCUCAACAAACCGAACUAAAAUUGGUUCAUAUCCCAACAAGAUAUUUCAUAAUGUUUUGGUUUAAUGAAUGCAGACAGAUAAAUAAAGACUAGUCGUUGUCUUCUA